AUGGUCCACAGGGCUCUUCAGUUCGCCACCAGUGAUCCUAAGGGCCCCGUGUAUCUUAUGGGCGCCCGCGAGGUCAUGGAAGAGGUUAUUGUCCCGUAUACAGUGAACCCGAAGCACUGGCGCCCACUCGGUCUCUCGGCACUUCCAGAGAACGCCCUACAGGAGAUUGCUGAACUACUUGUCGGUGCGACAAAUCCUCUUGUUGUUACCGGAUACAGCGGCAGGAACCACGCAACUGUCAAGUCGCUAGUAGAGCUUGCCGACACCGUCAAGGGUCUAAGAGCUCUCGACACUGGAGGUUGCGACAUGUGUUUUCCGGCCGAUCAUCCUGGCUGGUUAGGUAUGAAGUACGGCUCAGAUCAGAGCAUUCGAGAAGCCGACGUCAUUCUCGUCGUAGACUGCGAUGUGCCUUGGGUUAAUACUCUCUGCACCCCGCGGGAGGAUGCCAAGAUUAUUCACUUGGAUGUUGAUCCUCUUAAGCAGCUGAUGCCUGUAUUUUAUAUCAACGCGGAGAUCAGGCACCGAGUCGACGCCUGCACGGCAGUUGCCCAGCUCGUCGCCCACAUUCGCUCCUCCCCAGCCUUGACGCAGGCGCUAUCCAGCGACGAGGUUGCCAACCGAUGGAGAGCGCUUGAAGAGUCCCACACUACUCUCGUCCAGUCGCUACGGACACAAGCUGAGCCAUCGAGUGACGGCGGCAUGAGCGCGGCGUAUAUCUGCGCGGCUAUCCGCGAUGCAGCACCACAGGAUGCGUUGUACGUUGUGGAGGCCGUCACGAAUUCGGUCAUCGUGUCUGAGCAGGUACGCGCCACUCUUCCCGGCCAGUGGAUGAACUGCGGUGGUGGCGGCCUGGGUUGGAGCGGCGGUGCUGCUCUCGGGGUGAAGCUCGCCGCGGACUCGGAGGCGCCGGGCUCCAAUAAAGUGGUGAUUCAGAUUGUUGGUGAUGGCACGUUCCUCUUUAGUGUCCCCGCGAGUGUUUACUGGAUAUCUCGUCGGUAUAAGAUUCCCGUCCUGACUGUCGUCCUAAACAACAAAGGUUGGAAUGCGCCUCGGCGAUCAAUGCUCCUUGUCCACCCCGAUGGUCCGGGUUCGAGAGCCACCAAUUCCGAGCUCAACAUCUCAUUUGAUCCUUCACCGAAUUACUCGCAGAUUGCAAGAGCCGCGAGCGACGGUACUAUAUACGCAGCUAGAGUGGACACCCAGGACAGCUUCCAAAAGGCGUUGGGCGAGGCACUGGCGGCGGUCCAGUCUGGGACGGCGGCUGUUCUUGAUGUAGCAAUUAGUUGA